AUGGUGGAUAAAGAAUUGAAACGAAAGCAGCGAAAACUUGGAGAAAAACUACUACGGAAGAAAUCAACAAGCAAAACUUGGAGGGAAUACAAGCAAGCAACAGCCGAAAAGAGGGAGCAGGCCCUGCUCAAUGAGAAUUUGGAGUUGAAGAAGCUCAAAGAGUCUGCCACUAAUGAUAAAAAACAGAAUGGAAAAGAUUCUAAUUACUCUAUAUCCAUAGCAAUACCCGGCUCUUUUCUCAACAAUGGACAGAGUGCUGAACUUAGGACUUACAUGGCAGGACAGAUUGCACGAGCAGCUACGCUAUUCUGUGUGGAUUAUGUGAUAGUUUACGAUGAAACC